GGGCUCGCUCGCUCGCUCGCUCGCGGUCACGGGAGCACUGGGAGAGUGACGUCACUUUCCUAAACCGGGCAACAGCCGUUGAGUUGAGUCCCGAGCGAAAGAGAGAGAGAGAGAGACAGUCCAUGAACACAGCUCAACUUUUAAUGUAUGCGGGCCAAGUCGGGCCAGUGUGUAGGGUUACACACACACACACACACACACACAUACACACACACAAACACACUGUUUUCUUCUCCUUUAUGCAUCGACUUAGCUGAAGAACGGCUCGCUGUUUUCACACCGGCUCGUUAGCUAAUCUGUUUUUGGCACAAAAAGCGGUUGUGUGUCAGUUUCUUUUAUGUGUCCAGCCCUGCUACGACUCCUCCAACACAUUAAAAGCCUCGACUGAGUGAUAGACUGCAUGGACCGGACUGAACAUGAAGAGCCUCAAAGCCAAGUUUAGAAAAACUGAUGUCAAUGAGUGGAACAAAAAUGACGAGCGCCUGCUUGCUGCGGUGGAGCAUGGCGAGGUGGAGAAGGUGGCAUCGCUUCUUGCCAAGAAAGGUGCCAGUGCUGUAAAGCUGGACAGCGAGGGCAAAUCAGCUCUUCAUGUAGCAGCUACACGUGGUCAGACUGACUGCCUGUCUGUCCUCCUGUCCCAUGGAGCUGACUUGUCAGUCACUGAUGCUGCAGGGUUUAAUCCGUUACACCUGGCUGCCAAAAACAAUCAUGUUGAGUGCUGUAAAAAGCUCAUUCAGGGUAAAUGUCCUGUCGAUGCUGUAGACAGCUCAGGAAAGACUGCUCUGCAUCACGCUGCUGCCAGUGGGAAGAUCCAGACCAUCCAACUGCUAUGUGAACUCAAAAGUCCCGUCAACCUGAAAGAUGCAGACGGACUCACCCCCUUGCUGUUGUCAGCCAAACACGGUCAUGCUGAAGGGUGCAGCACUUUGCUGGACUGCGGUGCUGAAAUCAACACUUCUGACAACAGUGCCAGGACAGCCUUGAUGCUCGCCACUGAGUCCAACGCCGCUUCUGUGGUUGAAGUCUUGGCUCAGCGUGGAGCAGAUCUGUCAGCUGUAGAUUCACAAGGCCACGAUGUCCUACAUUACGCCAAACUGUCCGGCAACUCUGAGGUCAAAACUGCUCUCAUUGCUGCUCUGAAUAGACAGCAGGUCCCAGAUGCCAAGUCUCCUAGAAGUCCUUUGCAUGAUCAAGUAGCUAAACUAAGUGAUGAACGGAUCACAACUCCCAAAAAACGAAAAGCACCUCCACCUCCUAUUAGCCCACUGCAGAGCUCCGGACCCUCCUCUCCUUCAAUCGUUACCUCCACUGGGACCCCUGUGUCCAACAAAAAUGACACUCCCAAGAGAUUCAACUACAAGGAGGAUGAAGUUAGAGAGGAGGUCGAGAAGCUACACGAGGAAAGAAACAUGUUGCUGGAGACAAUUGAAGACUUGAAGCAGACAGUGGAGCAGACGGUGACGGGUCCUGAAAUGGAUACAAAGGUCGAGCACAGUUUAACUGCAUCUGCGGCUCUUGUCUCUGCUCUGCAAGCCAAGAUCACUGCACUUACUUUGGAAAACCAGCAACUUGUGGGCAAACUCAAGAAACAGCCGUCCCUCCAAGGAAGCGAGGACCUAAAGGAUACCAGUCGUCCGAACAGCAUGACCUCCAACUCCUCCUUCCACUCCACCCAGGACGAGUUUGAUUCAUCGCCACCACCUCCCUCCUCCACUACCGGUUCAGGAGGUGUUUCUAUCAGACAGGAAGACACAGUUGAGGAGGAAGAGAGUGAAGGAGGAAGCAAGGAGGAGAUCAGAUUGUUGAGACAAGCCCUCGAGAGCGUUCAGAUGAAACUGCUAGAAACCAGAAAAGAAAACCGCUCGCUUCAGGCUCAGCUGAAACCUGAGAGAGGCAGAGAAAGAGAGGAGGAUGAGAGCGUGAGGGAGAAAGGAAGAGAGGAAGAGCUGAUGGAGAGUCUAGCAGAGCUUCAGGCAAAGCUGACAGACACCCAGGAGAGAUACCACCAAGCUGUGGAGGAGGUGGAGGACCUGAGAGUGCAGAUGGGAAGGGGAGGCGGUGACCUGAUGGAACAUGAAGUAAAACAGCUGAAGGCCCAGCUCGUCCAAUCGGGAUGUGAGCAGGAGAAAGCGACUCAACGAAUCAGACAGCUGGAGGAGGCGCUGAGGAGGGCGGAGGAGGAAAGACAGAGCGUAAAGGAGAAAGAACAGAAGACGGCGCAGAUUGAGGAGCUGUACAAGGAGGCACAGGAGGAGAUUAGGAUGCUGCAGGAGGCUCUGAGGGGCACUGUGCCUGUGGAAGCUGCAGCCAAAGACUUUGAAGAAAUGAAGGCUGGGCUCAAUGAGGAAAUUGCGGGGCUGCACCGUCGCUUGCGAGAACUCUCACACUCCUAUAGUGAAACCAAGAGUCAGCUAAGUGCCGCACAGAAACAGCUAGCGGAAGCCCGAGCUGAGAGCAGCGCAGCAUCAUCUCCCUCCUCAGAACAACAACAAGCCCAGUUGCUAAAAGGCCAGGUGGAAGAGCUGCAGACGUUGCUAGCUGACACGGAGAAGAAGUACUCAGCCGCUCAGGAGGAGAUUUCACAGCUGAGGCAGGAGGCUGAAGCUCAGGCACAGAGCUCUGUGGCCCUCGCAGACCACACACAGGUGAUGUCGUCUUUAGGAAAUGCCAUCAAAGAGUUGGAAAGCCAGUCAGAAGCUCUGAAAGAGCAGCUACAACAGAAGACCUUGCAAGUGGAUGCUCUGCAAAAAAGGCUGACAGCGGAGAAAGACGUCACCCCAGAUGAUUCGGUCCCCCUUCUGGAGCAUAAGACCAUGCGAGAGCAACUGGAGGGCGAGGUGAACCACCUGACACAGCUCCUCCAGGGGGCCCUCAGGAAGCAAGACGAGAUGGCUCUGGAGGCUGCUGAUGCUUGGCAGAAGGCUCGCGAAAAUCGGGCAGAGCGGGAAGCCCUGCAGGAACUGGUGAUGUCAAGGGAGAAGGAGAACCAGACGCUGACCUCCAGGCUGGCUGAGUCCCAGGAUGCCGUCUGUCAGCUCAAACAGCUGGUGGAGAAUCACGUUGCCUCGGAGAGAGAAAAGAACAAGAGGAUAGAUGAUUUGUCACGGGAGGUCGGGAAGCUGAAGGACGCCUUAAACAGCCUAUCACAGCUCUCCUACACCGCCGGCUCCCCCUCCAAGAGGCAGCAGCAAAACCAGCAGCUGGAGACGCUGCAGCAACAAAUCAAACAGCUGCAGUACCAACUAGCUGAGUCAAAGAAGCAGCACCAUGAGAUUGUGUCAGUCUACAGGAUGCACCUCCUCUAUGCUGUCCAGGGUCAGAUGGACGAGGAUGUUCAGAAAGCCUUGAAGCAGAUCUUGAUGAUGUGUAAGAUGCCAAGUCAAGCCAAGGAGGCCUGCUGAGACUCGCCGGGCCUGGUUUCCCAAAAUGAAAUGAACUGCUGGCAUCACAUCACUUCCUCUCGUCUGAAUUCACACAUUCUUGUGCCGAUUACAAGCAGGGCCGACACUUGGUGCCUCUGGAUAAACCUUGAGUCUUUGUAAAUGAGGUUUACAUUCAUGUUCUUUGCCUUUGUUAAAGUCAUUUUGACCCAUUAAGAUCUAAAAAGGUCAUCGAUGUUUUUGGGAAACCUCAGCCCAGCACACAGAUACUGUCCAUCAGCCAGUCAGUUGAAUGGUCAUCUUCUGCCAAACGUAUAAUCUCAGUAUGUGCACGUUAACACUACACUGUAAAUGUGCAGUAACCUUAAAUCACAUGCUGUUGCACAUGUGUGAUAAUGCAAACUUGAUGUGUGUACGCACUAAUCAGUCCAAUGAAAACAGUGAGUUUGACGUGGUUUGUUUCUGUUACAACGUGUGUUUAGAGACAUGAAAGCCUCAGUGGGCGCUGCUGUUAAUAGUAUCUAUUUUCAUGAUACAACAGUGUUAGUUUUAUUUUACUUGGUGUCUAAAUGUUUAACGCUUGUCCACAUUUUCCUGAUACAAUCUAAAUUAUUUGUGCCCUCAUAGUGAUGCAUGUGACUUUGUUCAACGUCAGCCCAAAAAAUCACAUAGAAAAGUUUUUUGGCCGCACUUCUAUGAAGAAAAAGCAUGAUACUGUUUGUAUUGCUAUUUUUCUAUUAGUACAAAAAAAUCCACAAUUUUACUGAAUUGUAUUAUAGUACAAUGUCAUGUUUUCUAAGUUACUGUACUUUAAUGAAGAGGUUUGAUAGCUGUAUUUUUGAUGGCCUUGUUUUGUGUCUGUGUGUGAGUUUUUUUUAUUGAAUGAGAUGCUUUUUCCUCGUGUAUAACAACACACUAUUUGUUCUAGUGACACCUUAAAUUGUUUAGUUUAUUUUCCUGUUAUUAUCCAUAUUUACUUUUGUCUAUAAGGGGUUGAAUAGCAUUGAUUUACUGUAACAAAAAGACAAAAUAUUUCAUUUGUAACAAGUGCCCAGCAGUAUGGGCUUAAUGUUUUAGUCUUUUUGAGUCAGAGGAUAGUUAGGAGGUAAGCUUUUUGGUUCUUACAUUUCCUCUCCUCUUGUCUACUCGUAUACUUUGGUCUUUUGUUCAGCAAUUUCUUACUUGAAAAGCAAACAAAACCUGUUGGUAAAAUGUUAUGAAUUUUGCAUAAAACUUGUGUUUUCUGUCAUGUGCCUGCAUUUGUUAAUCAGACUGUUUUUCAUGCUCUGUAGUACUUAUAACUGGGAAUUACAGUCAAUAUCAGCACUUCUUAGUUGCUAACUUCUUUGUACCAUCUUAAUAUAUUUGCCAAUUAUCAGGAGUGGGUUUUCUGUCUUUUAUGUUUGUGAUACUCUCAGCUCCUUUCAAUCUUCCUUUGCAGGUACGGUUAUACACUGUACAGUGUUUGAGAAUUAAUUUCAAAUGCAUGUCUUUCAGACUUGUGAACUGUUUUAACAUCACACCCCUUUGCCUUAGUACUGUGCUUAGAGCCACAUGCCCUUAGAUGAAACCUUUUUCUGAUUAUUCAGAAUAAACAUAACACUAACACAGUUUAUAUGGAGAUUAAUAUGACUGGCUGAACCCCACACCCUUGUUUCUCACUCAGGAACUUUUUUUACUGAACAUGAUUUACACCUGACUGAGAUUUGUUGGACCCUGAGUAGAGCCUUUGCAUGUCUUCAUUUUAUAGGUUGCAGGAUAUCAUAAACUUCUCUCUAGGCCUUGACUGAAAUGUUUUGUACCAAGAAAGGGACGAGAAAGAAACUACUUUUCUGUUGUUUGUUUCUUUACCAACAGUUUUGUAGUGAUAUGUAAAAUUGCUUGUUUGCCAAUUGCUUUUUUGCCCACAUUAAUAAAUUUUUAAAAUACUGUA